GUGGAGCUGGAUGUUCUCACUGGUAACUAUCUGAUCAAUCGUGUGGAUCUGCUCGAGGAUACUGGCGAGAGCUUGAAUCCAAAUGUGGAUAUUGGCCAGAUCGAGGGUGCCUUUAUGAUGGGACUUGGUUAUUGGAUCAGCGAGCAGAUCGUGGUCAAUAAGGAGACAGGCGAGUGCUUGACAAAUCGCACUUGGAACUACAAGCCGCCCGGUGCCAAGGAUAUACCCAUUGAUCUGCGCAUCGAACUGCUUCCCAAGAGCCCCAACAAGGCGGGCUUCAUGCGCUCAAAGGCUACUGGAGAGCCUGCCAUUUGCCUGGCCAUUGCCGUGGCUUUUGCCCUGCAGCAGGCGCUGCAAUCGGCACGCGAUGAUGCCGGCCUGCCCAAGACGUGGAUUACGCUGAAUGCGCCCAUGACGCCAGAGCUGCUGGUUCUAUACGCGGGCACCGAACCUUCUCAGCUCAGACUGAGCUAAGGUCAUGCCUCAACGAACUCGUCCCAACUUUUUAUUAGGGAAGACCUAUACAAAGACGGCGCGUGAGAAGCGGCACGUGGCGAUGGGAACGCGCCGAUAAGCACGAGCUUUAUAUAUAGAAAUAGAUAA